AUGCUCUUCAUUGGUGGUUUACCGGUAUUUUAUAUGGAAUUAGUCCUUGGUCAAUUUCAUCGUUCUGGUUGCAUAAGUAUUUGGAAAAAGAUUUGUCCAAUGUUCAAAGGUAUCGGUUAUGGUAUAUGUUUCAUAUGUACCUUUAUUGCUUGCUUCUAUAAUGCAAUUAUUGCGCACGCCUUAUACUUCUUGUUUAAAUCUUUACAGUCGGAAGUACCAUGGAAAACAUGCAACAAUCCAUGGAAUACACCGUUAUGCGCAAUUAGUCUAAAUGGUUCAAAUAGUGCAGUUGCAAUCAAUGAAAGCAAUCAAUUGAAUAGAAAAUUAAGGACACCAUCUGAGGAAUUCUUCCUAUUUAAUGUAUUGGAAGAAAAUCAUUCCAGUGGUUUUAAUGAUCUUGGUGGUAUUAAGCCAUCGUUAGCUUUAUGCCUCACUAUUGUUUUUAUUCUUGUUUAUUUUGCUCUCUGGAAAGGACCGCGAAGUAGCGGGAAAUGUGUAUGGAUAACAGCCACUGCACCAUACAUAAUUUUAUCAGUGUUAUUCGUCCGUGGAAUCACUUUACCUGGUGCAUCAGUUGGAAUAUAUUAUUAUUUGAUGCCAAAUUUUAAAAUGCUUCUUGAUAUCGAUGUUUGGACAGCAGCUGCCACCCAAAUUUUCUUUUCACUUGGCCCUGGAUUUGGUGUAUUACUUGCAUUAAGUAGUUAUAAUGAUUUUCGAAAUAAUUGUUAUCGGGAUGCACUGGUAACAUCAUUUAUUAAUUGUGGUACUUCAUUUUUUGCUGGUUUUGUAAUAUUUGCAACUCUUGGCUAUAUGUCAACCAUAACAAAUUUACCGGUUAAUGAGGUAGUAGGCGAUAAUGAUGCUAAUAUCAUCUUUAUUGUCUAUCCACAAGCAAUUGCUACAAUGUCAUAUGCAAAUUGUUGGUCUUUCAUAUUUUUUGUCAUGUUAAUUACUCUUGGCAUCGAUAGUACGUUCAGUGGAAUUGAAGCAUUGAUUACGGGAUUCUGUGAUGAAUAUCCGGAAGUGCUAAUACGGAGACGUGAAAUAUUCGUGGGUAUCGUAAUCGUUGCCUAUUAUUUCGGUAGUCUUCCAACUAUUACUUAUGGUGGCAAAUAUAUCAUAUCAUUCCUUGAUGAAUACGGUGUAUCAUUAUCAGUAUUAUUUAUUGUAAUGUGUGAAAUGAUUGCCGUUUGCUGGUUUUAUGGAAUACAACAAUUUAGCCAAGAUAUUCAACAAAUGCUUGGCUUUUAUCCAGGAUUAUAUUGGAGAGUUUGCUGGACAUGUUGUCCAGUUGUCAUCACUACAAUAUUCUUAUUGACCAUUUAUAAAACAUCACUGGAACCGAUGACCAUUGGGUCGUAUACAUAUCCACAGUGGAGUGCUUAUUUUGGAUGGUUUCUACGUUUAACAUCAAUUCUCAGCAUUCCAUUCUUUGCAAUCUAUUAUUUCUGCAUUGCUAAAGGAACCAUAAAAGAACGCUGGCAAUUUCUGAUAAAACCACAACAAAGUAUCUAUUCUCAGACAUCAUCAAUAGCGCCAUCGACACUGCUGCAACGUGAUUUGCCAACCACUGAUACCAAGGAUAGUGCACCUGAUAAAAAUGAAACUCCAAUGGCUACCAAUAAUACCAUCCAUUUGUAG